GUUUCCUCUGAGGGUUCAAGACAACAGAGGACCAGGAGGCCAAGGCUUCAACGGAGCGAGAGGUGCAGUUGGAGCCAUGGACUACCAGCAGAAACUGGCUGAAAAACUCACCAUCCUCAAUGAGAGGGGAAAUGGGGUGCUGAUACGCAUGAACUACAUAAAGAAGACAUGUGCAGACCCAAAACUACGUCCUUCCAUCCUGACAGAUAAAGUCAUGGAGCCCGCCAUCAAGUACAUCAAUAAAAAGUUCCCCAACAUCGACUUCAGAGGGAAUAUUCAAAAUCUGACCUGUAUUCAGCGACAGAAAUCUGAAGUGUUGACAGCCACUUCAACCUACUAUGACUCCUUCCUGGAUGUCAUAGAGUUCAGGGACCAUGUGUAUGAGCUGCUGAACACCAUAGAUGCCUGCCAGUGUUUUUUUGAUAUUGCUUUUAACUUUGACUUCACCAAGAACUACUUGGACCUGAUCACCACAUACACCUCCGUUAUUAUUACCCUGUCUCGCAUCGAUGACAAAAAGGCCCUGGUGGGCAUGUUCAACUGUGCUCAUGAGAUGACAAAUGGGAGCAGUGACCCCUCCUAUCCACGGCUUGGGCAGAUGUUGGUAGAGUAUGACCAUCCCUGGAAGAAGCUUACUGAGGAAUUUGGACCUCACACAAGGUCUGUGACGACGGCAUUGCUGUCUCUGAAGAUGGUAUACCCACGCAGAAACCUGCCAGCAGAGCAGUGGCGUAGCGCCCAGCUCCUCAGCCUGCUGAGUGCUCCAGCUACCAUGUUGGACCCUGCCUGCUGUGACACUAUGGCGUGUGAAUAUCUGUCUAUGGAGGUGAUGGAACGAUGGAUUAUUAUCGGCUUCCUGUUGUGUCACAGCAGCCUGAAUUCCCACCAGGCCUCUCAGGAGCUGUGGAAGAUGGCUCUGCGGAGCGGCCUCUACCUCACCCUCACCAGAGAUGAAACACUCAACAUACACAAAGUCUCUGAGGACCUCUUCGACAGCUUCAAAGGAUAUAGCAAAAGAGUUGCAGAUAUCAAAGAAUGCCGUGAGCAUGUUUUAGUGAACUGCGGGGCUAUGCACAGAGAGAGAAGGCAGUUUCUGAGAGGAGCGAUGAAGGAAUUAUAUAAAGUACUAGAGGAUGAACCUGGACUCCUGGGACCAAAGGCCCUGUUUGUCUUCAUGGCUCUGUCAUUUUCACGUGAUGAGGUGCUGUGGCUCGUCAGACACUCUGAGAAUAUGCCAAAGUUAAAGACACCUGAAGACUACGUCGACAAUCAGAUGGCUGAGUUGUUGUUUUACAUGGAGAAGCUACAAGGCCUGAUGAGGAAGUUCAACCAUGUAGUACAGCGUUACCAUGUUCAGUACCUGGCGCAGUUUGAUGCUUUGGUGCUCAAUGACACCAUACAGAACAUGUAUGUGUGUCCAGAAGAGGAGUCAGUGCUGUUGAGUUCAUUCGUUUCAACCUUGUCCACUCUUUCAGUCAAGCAAGUUGAAGAUAAAGAAGAGCUUGACUUCAGAGGACUUCGAAUGGACUGGCUGAGAUUACAGGCCUAUACGAGUGUGAAUAAGGCCCCCCUUCCCAUAAAAGACUACCCUGACUUAGCAAAGGUGAUGAAUGUGAUCCAGUUCCACACCAAGAUGGUGGACAGUAUGGAAGAAAUGCUACUAGAAUCAUCUGAGGUGUCCAUACUCUGCUUUUACCCGCGUGUCUUUGAGAAGAUGUUCUCUCAGAGCAGUGAGGAGAUGACCAUGAAGCGCUACCUGAUGUCCUUUCCUUGCGUUUGUGCCCACUUCACCCAGUGUGGGCACCCUCACUGCCCAGAAGAGGCAGAGACAAUGGAGAAGAAAAGUCUACGCCUUUGUGUGACCUUCCUGGAGCAGAUAGCCAAACAGACCAGCAAUGUUGUCUUAGAGAUAUGUGCUGAGCAGUGUAACCUGAAUGACCAGUUGCUGCCCAAGCACUGUGCUGAGUCCAUCAGCGCUGCUCGGCAUAGAAAGCAAAAGAAGCCAGUGCCAAAGAAGGGAGAAGUCCAAAAAGAAAAACCAGGGGCUGAAAGCCUGAGGAAAGACCGGACUGUCGCCACCAACGUGGACAAGAUGCAUCUGAUGCUGACAGAGCUCUGCUCCACCUACAGCCUCUGCACUGACUUUAUUGUCUUCGACCACAUCGUUGUUCCCACGGAGUUCCUGCUUUCACAUCUGGAGACACGCCUUGCUGAGAUCAUCGUGAGAAUGGCCAAUUACAACCAGACCACCCAGGAAAUAGCCCGCCCCUCGGACCUCCUGGCAGGGAUAAGAGCCUAUACAGCCAGCUUGCACAGCCUCUCCAGCUACAUCAGUGUGGACGUCACCCGGCUGGUGAAGAGCGUCCUGCUGCAGCAAACUCAGCCGCUGGACUCACGUGGGGGACAGACCAUUACAACUCUGUACACAAACUGGAUCCUGGAGAGUCUUUUGCGUCAGGCCAGUAACUCCCUCAUCGUCCACUGUCCUACGAUGCACUGCUUUGUCAACCAGACUACAGACACUGAACCCAGUUUUAGAGCAGAGGAGUUCUCUGAUGUAUCAGAAUUACGCGCCCUGGCGGAGCUAAUCGGUCCAUAUGGCCUCAAGUUUCUGAGUGAGAAUCUGAUGUGGCACAUCACGUCUCAGAUCAGCGAGCUGAAGAAACUGGUGAUCGAGAAUAUGGACGUCCUGGUGCAGAUGAGGAACAACUCUGACAAGCCUGAAGAAAUGGCCAGUCUUAAAAAGAGACUGACAGGAGGAGAAAAUGUGCUGAAGAGGAUGACGAUCAUCGGGGUUAUCCUGUCGUUCAGAUCAAUGGCAAUGGACAGUCUGAAAGAUAUCCUACAUAAGCAUUGUCCGUACCUGAUGGGACCCAUUGAGUGUCUGAGGGACUUCCUCACACCUGAAGCCGACAUCAAGGUGACUCUGAGUGUGUUCGACUUGGCCUCUUCAGCAGGACUCGCCUGUGAAAUUGACCCUGCCCUCGUCACAGCUGUGGCCAACAUGCAGACAGAUAACACGUCCAUUGAUGAGGAGUACAAGCUGUCCUGUUUGCUGCUCGUCUACAUCGCUGUGUCCCUGCCCAGUCUGGCCCUGGACCCCAAUUCCUCCUACACACGAGAGCAUGGAGGCCACAACAACAACAUCCACUGUCUAGCUACAGCUAUCAACCAGGUGGCAGCUGCCAUGUUCACCGUCCAGAACAAGAACAUUAUGCAGCACCUCAAAGAGUUUCUACUGAUGGCGUCCUCUGCUUUGCUUCAGUUGGGCCAAAAUGUGGAGAGAGUGGAGAUCAAAAACCGAGAAUCCGUCUACUUGCUCUUACACAUGAUUGUGGAGGAGUCUCCGUUCUUGAGUCAAGACAUGCUGGAGAGCUGUUUCCCUUACGUUCUGCUCCGAAACGCCUACAGAGAGGUGUACAGGUCCUUCAUCAUCACUCUGGGCUGAAAUAUUUGUUAAACAUUAUUAAAUUAAUCAACACUGCUUUUGAUGUGCGUACAUAUAUAUAGUGUAAGUCUGUCUUGUUUUUCACUUCUCAUUUUUCAGUUCUGCACAUAAGACUAGGUUUUAACCGUAACCAUGAAUAACUGAACCGUUUUUGUUCACGGUGCUUCCUGUUUGCUACUGCUCUUCAUGCACCCAGAUUUAACAUGUCCUUCCUCAUUUUAUUUUCUGUACAUGUACUUGACUUUGGGUCUAAUAGUAUUACAGUUAAAAUGUAAACUCAGUCAAGUAUUAAAUCAGUUUGAACAAAUACUAUUUUUAUUCUCAGUAUCACAUCCUAAGACAAAUAUUUUCAGCGUUUCUACAUUUAAGCAGCUAUUUUUAUUGAUUGUCUUAUUAAUAACGUGUGUAUAUUUUCCUCGCAAAUCUUUCAUGAAUAAAGAUAAUAAUACGC